GACAUGUACAACUGAUCAUCAGGGCACUGAUGAUCAGUGUGCCCUGAUGAUCAGUGUGGCCCGAGAAGUGCCACCUGUCAGAGUCCAUCAGAUGCCAGCUGAACAGUGCCACGUGCCAGUGCCCAUCAGUGCCACAUAUCAGUGCAUACCAGUGCAAUUCAUCAAUGCCACAAAUCAGUGCCCAUCUGAGCUGCUCUUCAGUGUCACCCAUCAGUGCCACCUAUCAAUGCCAAUCAGUGCCACCUAUCAGUGCUGCCAAUCAGUGCCACCUAUCAGUGCCAUCAGUGCCGCCUAUCAGUGCCAGUCAGUGCCACCU